AUGAAGCUUCUAAUUCUUGCUCUUCUUGUGUCCAGCAUCGCUGCAUUCAGUCCGGAUGGUCAAGCAGCCAUUGUGAAGGCUCACAAUGAUCUUCGAUCUGCACUUGCCAAAGGAGAAUAUGUUGCGAAAGGAGUUACACAACCAUCUGCAAAGAACAUGAUGAAAAUGGUCUGGGACGAAACUAUCGCUGAAUCUGCUCAACAAUUUGCCGAGGGUUGUCCAGAUGAUCACGCUGAGAGUCCGUACGGAGAGAAUCUCUACUGGGGAUGGGACUCGGAGGAACUCGGAGACUUGGACAAAUAUGGUGUCCAAGCGUCGCAAUCCUGGGAAAGCGAAUUCCAAAAGUUCGGUUUGGAAGGCACUACCCUCACUCAAGAAUCUUACGACUCUGGGAUCGGACAUGCCACUCAAAUGGCCUGGGCGUCAUCCAACAAGAUUGGAUGUGGAGCAAAAAACUGUGGAGUUGAUCCCACAAACGGAAUGAACAAGGUCACAGUGGUCUGUCAGUAUCAAGAAAAGGGAAACACUAUUCCCGAGAAGAUUUACGAGGACGGCGAAGCCUGUUCAUCAUGCCCAUCUUCCAGCACCUGUGAAGUAGACUCUAACCUUUGUGCCUAA